GCGCGCUGUUCAUGCAUUUGCCACGGAAUUCCGGGUCUUGAGCGUCCUGUACCCCGGUCAAUGAAGGAUCGAUCUGCGGAUAAUUACUCAUUUCCGCGCUCCAAGGCGUCGUCUCACAAUCAAAAUAUUGACUCUCCUUGGCGUGUCUUGACUAUUCUCGGCCAUAGUGCUUGGGUUGCUUGGGUUUCUGGGCCGAGAUGGCGGAAGGUUUGGAAACUCGCGUGCAAUUCCCGGGCGACUAUCUUAAGUACCCCUGUCAUCAUUUCCAGUAUAAGAACAGAGUCGAGUCGUCAUGAUUCCAAGGUAUAAGAAGCUUUUUGUAUAUUCAAGGCUCCCUUCAUCCUUCCAGAAGCUGUAGCGUUGUGACCAUGCGUACAACAGGUCUCUCGGCACUCUUAGCUCUGGCUACUGUAGCGCAGUCAGCUGUCAUCCAGGAGCGUGCUACCACAACGUGCACCAAGGAUGCCUGUCUUGAGGUAUUUGAGCUCUUCGCUGUAGCAGCAAAGCCCUUCUGCUCCGCCUACACGAAGGUACCCACCCACACCUUGCCAGCGUAUGCUGCGCGCUGGUCGAAAGUUCCUGCCAAGAUCUCCAGUGCUUGCACAUGCCUCAACGGAGGACAACCGACCGUUGUCCCGACGAGUGUUGCGCCCUCAGCAACAGCCACAGCUUCCUCCAAGACUGCUUCUUCUGUCGUAGCUACAAGCAUUCCCUCAGUCGUAGCUACAAGCACCCCAUUGGUUAUCGUUACCAGUUCCCCAACAUCCACUGUACCAACAUCUACUGUCCCUGUGGCUACCGAUACACCUUCUGAUGCAUGCCACGUCACAACGUACUCGGCCAUUCCUGCAGCUGUGGCAUCCUGUACUGCCAUCAUCCUCGACGGCAUAACCGUUCCUGGAAACUCUACGAUCGAUCUGUCCAAAUUGAAGGCCGGUACCAAGGUCACUUUCAAGGGCACUACUUUCUGGGAGUACUUUGACGCCAACUACCCAUUCAUCAAGGUCGCUGGAACCAAUCUCGAGAUCACUGCCGCAGAAGGCGCAAUUCUCGAUGGCAACGGCCAGUCGUGGUGGGACGGCCUCGGUAGCAAUGGCGGUAUUGCAAAGCCGAACCAUUUCAUUGAGCUCAGCAAGGUCCUCGGAUCUAGCUCAGUCCACGAUAUCUACAUUCAAAACUAUCCUGUUCAUUGCUUCAGUAUCAGCAACAGCGCUGGGCUUGAUAUUCACCACAUUACACUGAACAAUAGUGCCGGUUACGCACCCAACAACCGCUCGAACGGUCUUGCCGCUUCACACAACAGUGACGGAUUUGAUCUUGCCUCUACUAACGACACGAAAGUUCGUGACAGCGUAGUCAUCAACCAGGAUGAUUGCGUUGCGAUCACCAGCGGUAACAACAUCCUUGUAGACAACAUGUAUUGCAACGGAAGUCACGGCCUUUCCAUUGGUUCUGUUGGCGGCAAAUCCAACAACAAUGUCACAAACAUGGUGUUUAGCAACUCUGUUGUUUUGAACUCUCAGAAUGGUGCCCGCAUCAAGACCAACGAGAAUACCACGGGCUAUAUUCACAAUAUCCUGUUCGAGAACAUCCAUCUUGAAAACAUCUCUAUCUACGGUAUCGACAUCCAGCAGGACUAUCUUAAUGGAGGCCCAACCGGUAACCCUACUGCGGGUGUUCUCAUUUCGGACAUCGUGAUCAGGAACGUCACUGGAACUGCCACGGAUGAGGGCAGAGACUACUAUAUUCUUUGCGGUACUGGUAGCUGCAAGAACAUCACCAUCAACGAUGUCGACGUCCACGGUGGUGGCGUUCCGAGUCUUUGCAACUUCCAGACAAACGGCAACUUUGACUGCGACGGGAAGUUCAACAUUACAGCUGCACCGGCGUCUUAGUAUUAACCAAGAACUGUUAAUUUUUAGGAUAACUUAUACGUACUUCAGAUAAAGUCUAAUGAGCUGCAC